CCGGUGAUAUUGACAAUAGGAGAGAGAAAGGGGCAUUGACGGGGACCCUGCGCGGGUUAGCGAACGGCGGCUCUGGCAGCGGCGGCUCCGGCGGCUCCAGCUCCUCCUCCCGACUCCCGUGCUCGCUGCCGCUGCAGAUCCAGGCUUCCUCCCUCCUCCCCCCUCCCCGCCUCGCCGCCGCCGCCGCCGCCGCCGCCGCCGGGUCCGGUGCAACGAGCAGAGGCGCCGCCCGCCGGGAAUGUGAACGAAGAGCCACCGGCCGAGCCGCAACCGGGUCGGUACCGAUUUGAUGGGACGGGCCCGCGGGGGAGGCUCGUGAGGCCGCCGCUGCCACUGCCGGAGCGCUGAGGUUUGGGGGCCAGCCGAGAGGCCUAGAAGCACCGCCGCCACCGCGGAACCGGAGGGACGUCGCCCCGGACUGCUGUAGCCCGGGGCUCUCCGCCGCUGCCCGGACCUCCCCUUGUGCGUCCCGGGCCCCCGCCCGCCCCCGCCGCGGCCCCUAGCCUGCCGCCCGCCCAGCGCAGCCACAGAUCAUCUUCGAUUCUUCCCCAGGAGCUUCAAGUAGGGAUAUGUCCUCAGCACCAACUACUCCUCCAUCAGUGGAUAAAGUAGACGGAUUUUCUCGGAAGUCCGUCAGAAAAGCCAGACAGAAGAGGUCGCAAAGCUCCUCACAGUUUAGAUCUCAAGGCAAGCCCAUUGAGCUCACACCUCUGCCGCUGCUGAAAGACGUUCCAACCUCAGAGCAGCCUGAACUGUUCCUAAAGAAACUUCAGCAGUGCUGUGUCAUUUUUGACUUCAUGGACACGCUAUCUGAUCUUAAAAUGAAAGAGUACAAGCGCUCCACUCUUAAUGAACUGGUGGACUACAUUACAAUAAGCAGAGGCUGUCUGACAGAGCAGACUUACCCUGAAGUAGUUAGAAUGGUAUCUUGCAAUAUAUUCAGAACUCUCCCUCCUAGUGACAGCAAUGAAUUCGACCCAGAAGAAGAUGAACCUACCCUCGAGGCAUCAUGGCCCCACUUACAGCUUGUAUAUGAAUUUUUCAUACGAUUUUUGGAAAGUCAAGAAUUCCAACCCAGCAUUGCCAAAAAAUACAUAGAUCAGAAAUUUGUAUUACAGCUUCUGGAGCUAUUUGACAGUGAAGACCCCCGAGAACGGGACUAUUUAAAAACAGUUUUGCACAGGAUUUACGGCAAGUUUCUCGGGCUUAGAGCAUUUAUCCGAAAACAAAUUAACAAUAUUUUUCUAAGGUUUGUUUAUGAAACAGAACACUUCAAUGGUGUAGCUGAACUGCUGGAAAUAUUAGGAAGUAUUAUCAAUGGCUUCGCUUUACCACUGAAGGCAGAGCACAAACAGUUCCUGGUCAAAGUGUUGAUCCCUCUGCACACCGUCAGGAGCCUGUCACUCUUCCAUGCCCAGCUGGCGUAUUGUAUAGUACAGUUUCUGGAGAAAGAUCCUUCACUCACAGAACCAGUUAUUAGGGGGUUAAUGAAAUUUUGGCCUAAAACAUGCAGUCAAAAAGAGGUCAUGUUCCUUGGGGAGCUGGAAGAAAUCUUGGAUGUGAUUGAACCAUCACAAUUUGUUAAAAUCCAAGAACCUUUGUUUAAACAAAUUGCCAAGUGUGUUUCUAGCCCCCAUUUUCAGGUGGCAGAAAGGGCCCUCUAUUACUGGAAUAAUGAAUACAUCAUGAGUUUGAUAGAAGAAAACUCGAACGUCAUCCUUCCCAUAAUGUUCUCCAGUCUUUAUAGGAUCUCCAAGGAGCACUGGAAUCCGGCUAUUGUGGCACUGGUGUACAACGUGUUGAAGGCCUUUAUGGAAAUGAACAGCACUAUGUUUGAUGAGCUGACAGCCACAUACAAGUCAGAUCGUCAGCGUGAGAAAAAGAAAGAAAAGGAGCGUGAAGAAUUGUGGAAAAAAUUGGAGGAUCUGGAGUUAAAGAGAGGUCUUAGGCGUGAUGGGAUAAUUCCAACUUAACAACAAUCUGACCACGACAUCACUAACCCAUGGGGUCACACGCUUAUGUAGUAGAAGGAUGGAGCAACAGUUUUCUGUAUUGUGCAACUUUACAGUAGAUUUCACAUUUGUCUCAUUAUUACAACAGCACUGUAUAUACCUGUCUCUAAGUAAAGGAAAACAUAAGGACUUCAAUCCAAAGUUUGGACAGUAGAUGGACUUCUCAGAACUUUGCAAACAUAAUCAUUGUUCUAACCCUCUUUAAAACAAAACAAAACAAAACAAAAGGUCUUCAGAGAUCUGUUGGUGAAAUUGCUAUGUUAAAAUUCCAUUAUCAGGAGUUCCUUAUUUAUCACUAGCAGAGAGUAUGAUACAAUUUUCAAAUGUGAACCAUCUUAAAUUUAGCUUGUCUUUCUGCUAAGCUGUUAAAUGUAUUUAUAGUAAAGGAAGAAAAGAUUGUCAUUUCUUUAUAAGUUUGUACAACACCCCUCCUCUGGACAACUUGACUGUAAUUUGACAUCCUUUCCUUUUGCACAUCUUCAUGAGUCGAAUGUUCACGUGGAAUGGGGCAGUGAAUUACAGAGGUCCCUGGUGAAGUGUAUCUGCUGGGUGAACAUCUUCCCAGUGCCCAGGUGUUCCUGGUACUCCUUUAGUUUUCAGAUUAGGAGUAAAAAAAGAAGGUGAUGAUAAGCAUAAAAAAGAAGAGGUGAUAAGCAUAGUAGCGAAGGGAAUGUUGGGCUUCGUAUCAGAUAUGGUGAGUCCAAAUCAAUGUCUUGAAUCCUUUGAAAACAGGCAGCGGGACGCGCAGGCUUCAGCACCUGCAGCAUUAGCUGCAGACAUCAUUGUGCAUCCAGACCAGAGACAAUUUAGAAAUGUCAGAGAAACAUCCUUUCCGACCCUAUGAAGUAAGAAAGACAGAACACUAAGUGAUAGAACCAUGAAGCUGAGCACCAGGACUGCGCAUCCAGUUGGGAACCCAGUUGAGCAAACAGCACGAACUGUUUGGAGUUGUUGCCUUACUUUCUAAUAUGUACUUACAAAGUAUUUCAGCAAAAGAGGAUGCAGCCUCUGGGAGAAACAAAACAUGUUCCAGUGUUUUUUGUAGAUUCUCGUUCCAUAGCUCAUCACAGCGCCAGCCCUGUUUUUAGCCAGAAAGGAUUCAGGAUCAACAUUAUGCAUUCUGAUAUGGAUGCAUAUUCCUAACUACUGUAUUUGUUACCAAAAGUGGUUCUACAAAUGCUACUGAAAAAAAUCUGGAAAUUCCUAAUGUCCUGAGUAUUAAUAAUAAAGUUUAAAAAAUGCUUUUAUAUCAAAGGUGCAUUGUGACCAAAUUGUUUAAGAAAAAACAGAACACCAAACUAGGGCUAUACUGUAGAUGUAUCUUACUGGCUCUCUGCUCUGUAGUAAAGGAAGACUCUUACUUGGGUAGGCAAACUGCUGAUGUACUGGUGUGCAGUACGUAUUGGCCUGAUGUGGUUGCAUUGCUGUGUACUGACAAAUUCGUGUUGUGGGGUUUGUUUCCUGGGUAGCCUUUGCUUGUUAAAGACAGGGCAGCAGUGAGCCGAUAACCCCGGACCAUCGUGUCCAGCAGUGUUCAUGGAGUAGAGCCGAUUCUGUGUUCAUGUGUUGAGUCGUGAUCAUAGCUAACAUGAACACAUGAACUGUUGUUGCUCUUAGUAGAAAUACUGUAUAAAUAUGGGCUUGUAUAUUUUCUUCCUUCCUUUUAAAUGUAAAGUAGAAUAUGCAGCUUUGUUGUUUGCAAGAAAAAGGAGAGGAAAAGCCAUUGACCUUACUCACUUAUGAAGUGUUUCCAGAUUGUCAGCCACAGUGUGUAUAUAAAAGUAAGCUAAUUAUGGGUAUUUUCAUCUAGGUACCUUUGUUUUUUGUUUUUUAAAUGCCUUUGUUGAUUCCCAAAAAGAAACAUAGUGUUUUGGUUUUUUUUAAGGUGUGUGACCUCCAAGUACAAGAUGCUUCAGUGGAAUGAAUAGGGCUUUUAUUAAGGAGGAUUCCAUGUGGGAAAGUGCUGGGCAGAGGUGCAAGUUCACACAUUGAUACUAAGAAAGAAACCCGGAGCCCAUCUUCUCUUUAGCUCUCUCUAUUUUAGCCUUUUCCUUUCGAUUUUCAGUACACGUAUCUUUGAUAGUAUAAACUUUGCUUGCCGUGACCUGUGCCCCUUGGGAUGAAAUAUGCUCAUUUGAGAUGAGAGAGGUAAGGACCUCUCUCCGCACCACGCCCUUGUCCUCUGAGCUAAGGGCGAGCGGCGCCCCCCUUCUGUCUGUUUUGUCUGUUGAUCAUUCCCAACUGAGAAGAAUAAAGCUUAGCUUUAGACUAUUGAAAGAUGUGAUUAGAGCUGUCUGUCUAAACUCACAGGGCAACUUGGGAGAAAAAACACUCAUUUUCCUUCUUCACUGAAAGCAACAAUGUGGCAUCUGUCAUGUUGUGUGUGGUGACAAGAAGCUAGCCCAGGUAACCUGAUUGUUACACUACGUGACAUAUUUAAGGACAUACUUGCUGCGUGUGCAGCAGCCUCCUGUCUGACCCUCCCUGGGCAAUCCUGCUGUGGCUCCUUGUGAGUUACCUGUGACGAACUCAGCUCUGUGUUCUAUUUUGUUUGCUUCAUAGUUUCCAGAACUAUAUAUAAAUAUAUUUUUUCAAUAGCAAAUAUUGUAGUUAGUGAGUGGUGACCACUCCAACCUUAUCCCUACCAUAUUGGUUUCAGGGAUGGGACGAAGAGUGUCCUUGGAAGAAAAAAAUUAAAUUUAAUUUUAAAUUUUGUGAGUUAGAAUGAUGUGCAGGCCACAGGCCUGCAACAGCUGUGUGGGUGAAGUGACCGUCUCCUCUGGAUCAGACCUACACUCCUCAUUGUGCCCUUGUCCCCGGUGGCUCUCCUUCAUUGUUUACUUACUGUCCUUUGCAAUUUUGAUUAUAUUUUGUUCUUCCUGACAUUGACUGUUUUUUUUAAAAAAUAAAAUAAAAAAUAAAUAAAUAAUCCCCUGAAUGUGACUGGAUGUGCAGGAGCAGAGCAAGCUCCUCCUCCUUGGGCUCUUUGCCUAGGUGGCAGGGUCAUGUGAUUCUGUACCUCCUAUCUGUGCCCGAGACAGUCCAGGGUGGAGACAGACCUAGGGAGUGCUUGGAAUCGCACCUGCUGUGCUGAACACACAGCCCUAGGCUCAGUCACAUUAUGGAAAGGGAAGUAAAGGAUACUUAGAGCUUUCAAAGCUGUUUUAUGUCUUUGUGGGCGUGAGGGAUAGGGAGUUGGGAGGCUGGGAGGCUGGUAUCGGCAUUAUGAAGUAUUCCAAAGGUUUUCUUUUUCUUGCUUUGUUUUCCCUUUUAACUGGAUGCACUGACCCUGGCCCAGGAAAUGAAGAGCUUCUCUCCUUUGACGUUAUUACAAGCAGUACCACGAAGUGACGGUCACCUGUCGCAGGAAGGUGGCAGCAGAUGUGAUCGGUGAUGUUUUAUUUGCACAUGGAUAUCUUUAUUUUUGUAUUCUGGCUCAGCUGCUUCUCUGAGUGGAGUUAGGGAAUGAGCCAUAAAGGACUUUUGUACUAAGGAUGUCAGCAAUGCAUUUUCUAUUCCUCUACAUUUGGUUUUGAGAACCUGAAAGGAGGGUUGUGCGUCUCGAGGAAGAGGAGCAGACCUUGAGCUUAGCGGAAUGUUAAUUUGUGCUGCCGCUUGUGCACGAGAGCGGCCGUAGUAUCUCCUGGACACGAGCACCCCGUAUGACGAUGUCUGUGAACAUAGGUUUCCUUUUCUCCCCUCCUCCCCUCCUCCCUCUCUCCCCAUCCUCCCCUCUCUCUAGUUUCUUUCUCAGCCCAUUCCUCUUUUUUUUUUUUAAAAAUCACUUACUGUAAAUAAGUUGUAAUCUAAACCUCAUGUAUCUAUGGGGAACUUUCAAAUAUAAAUAUUACCAAUACAUUUUCUGGUGGUCGUCUGGUUUUUGAUUGGAGUCUAGUGAGAAUGACGUGGCCAUUCCCUUUGAAGAUUUCACUUCAGCCUCUCCUGGUUAUUUCUCAUUUCACUGUUGUAGCAGGAGAGGGCAGCACACGUUCAUUUUCCCUGCCAGGAAGCUGUGGUUCUUGAUUGGUUUUGAACUUAGCUGUGAGCAAGUGUGUUAUUCUUUUUUUUUUAAACGGCAUCUAUUUGUGCAUAGAUGUAAAAAAUGAAACAUGAAUAUGAAAAGUUGCAUAUGAAAAUUAUAAACUGGUCCAGCCAGACAAUGGAGACUUCUGAUCCACUUCAAAGUUAAAAACACUCCAAAACCGCUUCCAGGCCCUGCUGAACCAUACCUCUUCCUUCUCCAGCAGCAAGAUUCAAGUGGAGGCAUUGGAAUUAAAUGUUCAUCUUUGCAGAUGAUUUGCUCUCUCAAAGUGGUAACAGACUCAGCAGAGGUACUCCCCAGAGCAGUGUGAUCUUGCCCUUGAUGGUUGUGUGGGAGAGUGUGUACUGUGGGUGUCCCUAAUAAAUAUGCAGUGAAGGCUGCGGGAGCCUGGCUGGGUUUCUUUUUUGUUGACCCCGUGGCCUUUGGAGUUACAUGUUUCACUGAAUUCUGAGGUAUGUGGGGGGUGCUGUCAGGCUGCAGUCUUGAGAAAGUUUAUGUCUAGGGGUGUAUGACAUUGGGGACUGUUCCAGUGGCUUUCACUGUAACAGUAUUCCAUUUAUUCUGUUCUCCAGUCUGCAGCGUGGGACAAGAUUGGUGGGAAUAUCCCGUCGGAUCCUCCAGUGCCACUUGGGAUCUCUCAAGGAGGGAAACAAACACACUUGAGCAGAACUGGCCAGGUUGAUGCUGGCCUUGCCCUGGAGUUCAACCUGAUGUCCCAUUUCCUCCUCACAGGACUUCCUCAUUGGCCUCCACAUGGCAGCUGGAAGAGGAAGCUGCCCAUCCUUUGAGGCCGGCUCCAGAAUCUCAGAGCAUCCCUCUCAUCAUGCCCUGCUGGCCAAGCAGUCACAGAGCCUUCUCAGAAGAGUGGGAAAUAAUUUGUAUGCCUUUUAAAGCUGCCAUGGGGUCCUUUCUUUGCAAAGCAUUUGCAUUCUGUGGGAUUUACUCUUACAGCUAAUUAGGUCCCGCCACAUCUGGAAUCAUCUGGAACCAGGGUGUUUCCUAUUUAGCUAAUCUGAGCUGAAGAAGCCAGAAGUCUUGUGGUUCCAGUAGGUUUGUGUUUAGAGGCACGACAUUUGUAGCAUCUGAAGAUGAAUCUCUUAGUAAGCAAAACCUGAAAAAUGUUGGGGUUCAAAGAGGUUUAAGAGAUAGUUUCAAUGUAAUGUCUAGUUCUUUGUAUACUACUGCCUCCUCCCUGUAAAUACUUGUCAGAAUGAAGGCAAAGCACUAUACAGCUUUGUAUAAGCAGUGUCCUGAGGAUCUCCAGUGAGGGCAGCAAAGGGAAGUUACGUUAAUUAUUUUAUGACUAUGAUACAUGUUCAUUACAGAAUUCACAUCCUUGAAAAGGAAGGGGUUUUGUUUUGUUUUUGCAUAGGGUCUUACUACGUAGUACUGCCUAGCCUGAAAGUUACAUAGAUCAGGCUGGCCCUGAACUCAGAGAUCUGUCUGCCUCUGCUUCCUGAAUGCAGGGAACAAAGAUGUGCCUCAUCAACAUAGCAAGGCAAAAGAAAAUUGUCUUUGUAAUCUAAAGAAUCAUCUUCAUCUCUUACUUCCUACCUCAAGCUCCCCUCCCCCCAAAAUAUGUUCUCUUCAGAGCUUUAUAAUCUUGACGCCUCCAUUUAGGUCCACAGCUCACUUUGGAUUAUUUCCUUGUAUGUAUGUAGGUUGUUAAUGGGAAUCCCGAGGCAUUGUUUUCCCUUGUGAGCUUCUAGUUACUGUAACAGUGUUAUGACAGAGUCUGCCUCAAGAAGGUGCCAUGAAAAUGUGGCUUUAAAUCUCAAUUCUCUCUACUCCAGUGUUUGGGACAUUGGUCUUUAUCUUGGAGCCAAACAGUCAUGACUCCCUAGCUUUAUGAUGGUCUCAUCAACACCUUUCAUUUUUGCAUUUAUUUUAAAGGGUUUCCAUAUGGUAGACCCUUUGUACUACCACACAAAACAGACACUGUGAGGUUCUUAAAAGCAAGUGAAUGUUGGUUUUGAUGGAGAGAAUAUGGAGUCCAUACUUAGGAAGAAUCAUUACUUGGAUAUUCCCAGGUCUUAUAUUGUGUUACAGUUUGAAUGUGUGUCCCCCAGGAUGUGUUGGAAACGUAAUCUCCAGUAGCAUUCAGUGGGGUGCCCAGUAGGCGAACAGGCCUGAGGAUCUGACAGGCAUGAAUGGAGUGAUGCUGUCACGGCAGGAGUGGACUGAUUAUGAAAGGGCAAGUCCAGGCCUGUGCUUUUUCUCUCUGGCCCUGUCUCUGACUCUGGUCUUCUUACCAUGAGCCGAUGCAGCAAGAAGGUCCUCCCUGAAUGCUAGUGCCUUCCAGGCUCCAGAACUACGAGAAAUUCUCUUUAUCAGCUAGUGUCUGGUAGACUGUGACAGCACAAACAGAUACAGUCCAGGGAUAUAGAAGACACUGCAGUACUUCUGUGCCCUCCUCCCUGAUGGCUGGGCUGCCCACCAUCUCCAUGCUCUGCUCUGCGCAGUUCACAUAAGCAGAGCAGAAUCAUGCAAGGUGUAGUUUAGGGUCUGGCUUUUUCACUUAGCAUAAUAUUUAAAUUUUCUUAUGUGUAUGAGUGUUUUGCCUGCAAGUGUGUCCAUGCACCACAUGGGUGCCUGGUGUCUGCAGAGGCCAGAAGGUGUUUGACCUCCUAGAGCUGGAGUUGCAAAUUGUGAGGAGACACCGUGUAAUACAGGUACUGGGAAUCGAACCCAGAUCCACUGGAAGAGCAAUUAGUGCUCAUAACCACUGGGCAUCUUUCCUGAUACUAUCAUAAUAUUUUGAAGACCAUUCAGUAAUUCAUUUAGUUUUCAUGGUUGAAUAAUCUUUCAUGUGGUGAUAGCAUACUUGUUUUUUAUCAGUUAUGAACAUUUAGGUUGUAUCUACGUUGGUGCUGUGGUGAAUAACACUAUUGUGGACAUUUGUUUGAGUAUCUGUUUUUGGAUCUUAUUGGUAAGGUCAGAUUGUUGUUUAACAUUUUUGUGUUGGGGGGAAUGGGGCAUACAUGUGGAAGUCAAAGGACAAUUUAGGUAAGUAGGUUCUCUCACCGUGUAGGUCCUUGGGAUUGAACCCCAAUCGUCAGGCUUGGCAGCAAGUGCCUUCAUUCUCUGAGCCGUCCCGCCAGCCCUGCUGUUUAAUUUUUUGAGGAACUGUUGAGCUUUUCCACAAAAGCUUCAGUAAUUUCUGUUCCUACCAGUAACAGCAAGAUUCCACCUUCUCUCUGUCUGUGAAACAUGUUACUUCUGUAUAUGUUUAUUAUAAUCUUAAUGGGCAGGCUGCUCAUGGAACAAUUGCCUUUUUAAAAAGUUCUUCCAAGUAGAUAGCUUCAACUGAUCAAUUUUUUAGUUUACUGGCUCCUAGCAGCUCUCCUCACUCUUGGUAACUUCCUUCUUUUAUAAACUGAUUUUACUUUUAGAAUUUCUAUUUGUUUUGGAGAAACUCUUGGUUGAGAUUGCCUAUCCAUUUAUUGCAUGUUUUUCUAAACAUCACUGCAUAAUUAUAACUGUCAUAAAAUUCUCAUUUCAAAAUGUCAACAUCUGGUUGGUCUCAGACUCUAAUUUUUUUCUUGAGAAUUGGUUGCUUAUUCCUGGUUCUUCAUAUCAUACAAUUUGGGGGUUUUGCCUUGUUAUCUUGAAUAAACAUGAUGAGAACUCUG